AUGGUGCAAGAACCACAUCAACCGGACAUUGCUCAACUGUUUAUGGUAUCAUCGACGUCAAAGUCGGACAAGGAUGGCCAUGCAACAGCCCAUUGUUUUACUCCAGUUUCCACUUCGAACGACAAUGUAAAUCUGGCUGGUGUUCGAACUGCAGCAGUUGCUCUUCUGUUCAUGUCUUCGAUUAGGCGAACUUUCUUGGAGUACCAUCAGCGUGAAAUGCGUUGA